UAUCCGCUUGGAGGUAUCUUAAAAGACUUUUUCUUUGAUUUUCGUCUGUUAUUUCUAAGCUUUACUUCGUCUCCAUUUCUCAAGAACUAAACAAACGAAAAGAGAGCGAUUUUUCCGAGGAAGGUGAAGGUGCAAAGCAAUGGCCGAUCAGCUCACGGACGACCAGAUCUCCGAGUUCAAGGAAGCUUUCAGCCUCUUCGACAAAGAUGGCGACGGUUGUAUCACUACAAAGGAGCUUGGGACUGUGAUGAGGUCACUGGGCCAGAACCCUACUGAGGCAGAGCUCCAGGACAUGAUUAACGAGGUUGAUGCUGAUGGUAAUGGGACCAUUGACUUUCCUGAAUUCCUAAAUCUCAUGGCCAGAAAGAUGAAAGAUACCGACUCUGAGGAGGAGCUGAAAGAGGCAUUCCGAGUUUUUGACAAAGAUCAGAAUGGGUUCAUUUCUGCUGCGGAGCUGCGCCACGUGAUGACCAAUCUUGGUGAGAAGCUAACUGAUGAAGAGGUGGAUGAGAUGAUUCGUGAAGCUGAUGUUGAUGGCGAUGGCCAGAUAAAUUAUGAGGAGUUUGUCAAGGUGAUGAUGGCCAAGUGAUGACCCCACCCCUACCAAAAAAAUUAUAAGAUGAACAUUAUCUUUAGAGAGAAAAAAAAAAAAAAAAAAAGGAAAAGACAAGUAAAAAGAAAAAAAGGAAAAGGGGGGUUGACUAAUAUAAAGGGGUUCCUAGUUUCCUUUCUUUCAAUUGUCAUGUGGUGGUUUUUGUACUCAAGCCUUUAGCAGAAGUAGUUGCCUGUUCUGGUGGGUGGGUUGGUGGCAGUGGUGUUAUAGUCUUUUCCUUUGGAUGUGUAAUUGAGACUAAAGUUGUCAUGGCGGUUUUAUUUUAUUUUUAUUUCUUCUUUUUCUUUUUCUUUUUCUCUCUUUUUUCCAUUAAGUGGUCUCAUUGUGGCUGUAGACUGCCAUGAGAGGAUUCAUUGUUCAUUGUUCGAUGGAUAGCUUAUAUUAUUUUUAAUGUCGUGUUUUUCCUUUAACACUUUCUAUGCAUAAGUAUUAAUUUUUGGAGCA